CCCAUACACAAAUUUAGUUUCUUACAGCAGGCACUUCAAAUUAUUCACAUUUUUAUAAUUGUAUUCUUUUAACAAAAUCAAGAAAUGACUUCAAGAGACAUCCCCCAAGGGGACAUGCUGCAAGUGUCAAAGAGUGCGGAACGUUAUCGUAAGGAAAUCCAAAAGUUUGUUCCACAAAUCGGGCUGACAUGCAUAAAUUAUCGCGAUCUGGGCGAAGUGGAUUACUUCUAUCAGGAGUGUCAGCGCUUGAGGGAUUAUAAUAGAGACGCGCUGAAUAAGUUGCAUCGGCCAGCAUUAUUCCAGCUAUAUCAUGGCAAAUGUGGCCUACGAACUGAUUACGAUCUGAAGGCGUUGCAAGAACCCGGGUAUUGGGUGAGAGAGCGACAGCCUAUUGUCUAUCCGCCGGAAUAUUGUCAACGCAUGAAUCUGGAUGGCAGUAUUCGUAUUGCCGCUCACUUUGCCAAAGCCUCUUCCAAUAAUUUCAAGCGAUAACACUUUCUCUCCAACAAUUUACUACAAAUUACAUGUAUUAAUACACUUGGCAAAUCAAAAUAAACUAUUUGUUUCGUGGA